ACCGCGGCUGAGGAGACAUUGUCCAAAAAUUUUCUAGGUUAAUGAUGUAGCAAGCCUUGUUAUUUUUUCGCAUAUGAGUAGCAGUAGUCUAAUUGGCAAACAAACCGAAACGAAAACCAGAACAUCAAAAAGAAUGAUGGAAAAGCGUUGUGUGUGCACCGGAAUACGGUAUUGUGCGCAUUGUGAGGCGCCCGAGUUUCGCGCUUUGCACGGAAUGCUGGCACCAAGAUUGCUUCUGGAAGGUGAAACAGACAUCAGAAGUCCACCACAUAAUAGUGGCGCCUCUAUAAACCACACCGCCGAUGUUGAGUCUGGCGAGAAAAGCAGCAAGCGUAUUAAAGACCAGGCAGAAACUGACACAGAGCGGUGGCAGGCAGCACAACCGAGCCGGCGGCACCGGCGGGUUGGGCGGCUCGAGCAAACCGCGGACGGUUCCUUUCUCGUACGGUUUGCAUGUGAAGAUGUUGUGAACCCACGCCGUCGAGCAACCAUUCCACGGAGCGAAAGUUGUAGAUCCACAAUAAGCACCGCAGCAAGCGCUCGUAAAAGUGGCGGUCGUUCUUCAGAUUCUGAAGAUGCUCUAGAAGUCGAUGAAGAAGCUCGCCCUCUUCGCGAGGGCGACAACAAGCAAGUCGUCCAAGCUGGCGAUUAUUUCACCUGCUCGCUGCGCAGCUUGGGGUUGGACGACUGUUUCCAGAUGAUCCCCGACUUCUUAACCUCCGAGGAGGAGAGCGAACUUCUGCACGUCAUGUUGUCGGGCCCAAACGUUCAAUUUGACAAUACUUACAACCUAACAGCUGUGGCAAAACCUGGCCCGGCAUCAAACAUAAACUCUGGUCGUCGCGGGAUGCCAGCAGCAAAGCCAACAACUGAAAGAAACGCCCGAAAUCCUGCUGCUGGUGUAGUGCCUCUCGAGCGGCGCGAUGUGGAACUUGCCGACGAGGAGUCGUGCACGGUUGCGCCUCUGAUAUGGACACGGUCGCAGUCCGGGCGCCAGAAGUGCGACUUCGGGCCCAAAAUCAAUUACAAGCAGCAAAAAUUUCAGCUGAAGGGCUUCAGGUGCACGCCGGAACGUCUUCGCGACACGCAGGCGCUGACGAAAGUGAGAGAAUUUUGCCGCAUUUAUGGGGCGGCGAAUUGCAGCCAUAGUCCAUCCUCUAGCCCUACUUCUUCAAGCAGCACUUGUUGGCGCCAGGCCGAUGCUAAAGCACAGGAGGAGAAACUUGGCAAAGAACAAGUUCAACUUGAGGCGAACAACCAAACCAGUUGCGUUGCAUCAACGACCGAAAAUAAAGCAGCGUCAUCGCCUGCUCGUAGUCCUACAUCAGAUCCAGAUGGCGUUUCCACCUGGGCUGCCCUCGUCGCAUCACUCACCGGGAUGUCAGACGGGAAGCCGCUUCUACCGCAAGACCCAGCGAAGGCAGGCGCGCUGACCGGAGCAGAUCGUGGAGAACAGCAGCAGGAGCCGUGCUCGUCGGACGAGCAAGCUGCACCUGCUGCGCACCCGACCCUAGCGCAGCUGGCGGAGCUUCCGCUCAACCCGGCGGGAUGGUUUUUUCAGCGAUACGAAGCGAAGGACAAAGCGAAUUUUGACCCGCAUAUCGAUCACACUUGGAUUUGGGGCGACAGAAUCUUGGACUUGAACCUCCAGGCUGACGCGGUGCUUUCCUUCUUUUCUCCGCCCGGAUUUCGGUGGGGCGACUGUGAAGAUGAAACCGAAGAAGUACACAUAGACCAAGAGCACCACAAGGUCGAGGAAGACGAUGAUCCUGGAGUCCGCAUCGACGUGCCGCUUCCGCGCAGGUCGUUGCUGGUGUUUGCCGGAGCGGCCCGGCACACCUGGGAGCACGCGAUCCUUCCGGACACUUACGGGACCGAAGGGCGCGUGAGCCUGACUGUGCGUGAACUCAGUAGUGGAUUUUCGCAGCUGGAGCAAGGGCAACUCUGCACGCACCUGGCGACGGAAUGUACCGCCGAGGAUCAGGAGCUGUGUCGCAACAGCUUGGCAAAGCUGCGGGAGUCUCACCGCCCGGAACUUGGAUUUUCACACAGCGUUACUCGAGGAGGAGCGUGAUGCCGAAACUCUCUCUGUUUUGAGCUUUCUUCGCGACUACGACAGGCACUGCACUCUAUUGCGUCUCCUAACAAAUUGGGGCUCCGCCCACGCGAGAGCAGA